AUGUCACUGAAGAGAAAGCUGGAAGACAAAUGAGGAGUUUGGUAGAAACAAUAAUUAUAUUUCUCUAAUUUGCUGGAAUACAAUCAGCAGUUUGGUAGGGGAAGAUAAGCAGUUUGGACUUUAUCAAUUUCUGUAGUCAUUGCCGCAACCAUUUGAUGACUUGUUCAUACAUGAACACUGCACUCGUGGUGUAAAUUAUAUUUCUUUUUGUUUUGGUUGGAAUUGGCCUGCUUCCAGCUGACUUUUCACGCAUCAAGUUUUUUCCAACUCAAAAAUAUUGAAGAGGACCUGUUCAGUUAGCCUGUCCACAGACUCCACACAUCUUAGCCAGCAAGGCAACUACAUAGAGAUAACGAGAUUUUUGUUUUCAAUUUUUUGGAAAAUAAAGAAUAAACAAUAGAAGCAAAGUAGAGCAAGAAGUCAUUUAUGAAUGUAAAACACCAAUCUUACCUACUUCAGCAUGGGAAUUUCCUUAGUUUGCGCAGGUUUCUUUCUCUUAGAGAUAGUCUUGUCCCCUUUCUCUGUUUCAUCUGAGGUACAAACCCUGAGAAAAGGGUUGGACUCUUCUCCAUUAUUCCCUCACAACUUUCUAUUUGGGACUGCCACUUCUUCAUACCAGUGUGAAGGUGCAUACUUGAGUGAUGGUAAAGGUUUGAACAACUGGGAUGUGUUUACUCAUAAACAAGGCAACAUACUUGAUGCAAGCACUGGAGAUGUUGCAGCAGAUCAUUAUCAUCGAUAUCUGGAAGACAUUGAUUUAAUGGAGGCAAUUGGAGUCAAUAGCUAUAGGUUCUCUAUUUCCUGGGCAAGAAUUUUACCUAAAGGAAGAUUUGGAGACAUCAAUUGGGCUGGAAUCAACCACUAUAACAAGCUAAUUGAUGCUCUCCUGCUCAAAGGGAUCAAACCAUUUGUAACUUUGACACACCUUGAUUUCCCUCAAGAACUUGAGGAGAGAUAUGGAAGUUGGCUGAAUCCUCAAUCACAGGUGGACUUUGCAUAUUAUGCAGACAUCUGUUUCAAGUUUUUUGGGGACCGGGUGAAGCAUUGGGUUACCUUCAAUGAGCCAAACUUCCAGGUAGUUUUUGGUUACCGAUCAGGCACAUACCCGCCAUCUCGUUGCUCAAUUCCAUUUGGAAAUUGUACCUAUGGGGAUUCAGAGAGGGAACCCUUCAUAGCAGCCCAUAAUAUGAUCCUUUCACAUGCUGCUGCUGUCAAUAUUUACAGAACCAAGUACCAGAAGAAACAGGGGGGUUCUAUUGGGAUAGUCAUGCACGCAUUCUGGUUUGAACCCCUCACCAAUUCUAGUGCCGAUGUGUUAGCUGCUGAAAGAGCUCAAUCUUUCACAUUGAACUGGUUCCUAGACCCAGUUAUAUUUGGAAGAUAUCCUCCAGAGAUGCAGAACAUUCUGGGAUCCAUAUUACCUGAAUUUUCAGUCAUUGAACAAAGGAAACUGAAGAAUGGAUUAGAUUUUAUUGGCAUUAAUCACUACACCAGUUACUAUGUCCAGGACUGCAUCUAUUCUUUGUGUGAACCUGGAACGGGCACUUCAAUGACAGAAGGAUUUUGGAGACAAAGCUCGGAGAAAAAUGGUGUCCAUAUUGGAGAACCUACUGGUCUGGACUGGCUAAAUGUUUACCCACGAGGAAUGGAGAAGAUUGUGACCUAUGUAAAAGAGAGAUACAAUAACAUGCCUAUGUUCAUCACAGAAAAUGGCUAUGGCAUGGUGGACAAACCAAAUAUCCCCAUUCAAGAAGUUAUUAAAGACAGCAAAAGAGUGAAGUACCUGGCUGGCCACUUAGAUGCAUUGAUCGUGGCAAUGAGGAAAGGAGCUGAUGUAAGGGGUUACUUUGUGUGGUCCUUGAUAGACAAUUUUGAAUGGGCAGUUGGUUAUACAUCAAGGUUUGGACUUCACCAUGUUGACUAUGAAACGCUGAAGAGAACUCCGAGACUAUCAGCAAUUUGGUACAAAAAUUUCAUUGCAGAACAUUGCAGAACAGAAUAUGAAACUGCAGACAAUGUUUCAGUGCAUCCACUGGCAUAUUCAUGAAUCUAUUCUCCAUUCAUGUUAAGGCGGAACCCAUGUGAACAAGAUCAGUAGCAGUGCAACAAGGGGGAAAUUUUCCCGUUUUAGGUUUGGCAUAAUGUUUCUUUCUCAUUCUUUUGUAAAGUCAGGGAAACCUAAAUGAAAAUUCUUUCAUAAA